CGAUUCCGUUGCCAGCAACACGUCGAUGUUCGUCUAUACUUCGUUCUCGGGCCGAACAUUUCUCCCGCGUCGCUAGUUUCGGGUCUUCCUUUCUCGUAGCUUCGUCUCCCUCCGCGACUAUUUCACGCGCGUCUCGCCCUUUUCUCUUGGCCGUUUCCAAAUUCUAUCAACGUUUCGAAAAAACCGCGUGAUUCCUUUCCUUGCGUUGCAAGAAUUACCGGACGUUUUUGCCUAAUCCUUUCCACUCGUUCUUCCUUUCUUAACCCUGUUUUACGCCUUUCCUAAUCGGAAUCGACGAUCGAGGAGCGCAACUAGCGAUAAAUUCUCCUCCGCUAGCUACGAUCGACUUCUAACGCAUCCAGGAUGGCUUUGAACCACAAGAUCCUAGAUUCGCUGACGUGUAGACAAGUGUUAAACAUCAUGGUGAUCCUUGGUUUCAUGCUAAACUAUAUGCUACGCGUCAACAUGACGAUCGCCAUAGUAUCGAUGGUGAUUCCGAGCAACGAUACUUGGCGGUUGAACGAUUCGAGUAAAUCUGCCACGACCGAGUACUUCGAUCGUGGAAUCGCGGUAAACGUUACCUUGCUCGAUAAUGGAACAGCGACGAUCGCCCCUAAUCCCGCUACAGCUUCGUUCCCCUAUGCGCCUGCACACGAGGAAACGAAUCGAACCAGAUAUCCGUGGAACGAGUACCAAGUGAAUCUCGUGUUGGGUAGCUUUUUCUGGGGCUACAUAUGCACAGAGUUGCCAGGUGGCCGUCUCGCUGAAGUAGUAGGACCUAAAAGAGUGUUUGGAUACAGUAUGAUGGUAUCUAGCGCUAUUACGUUAUUAACACCUCUGUCGGCGACUUAUGGCUACAUCGCUGUCGUCGCAUUAAGAGCGGUGCUAGGAUUCAUGUUGGGAGCUACUUGGCCUGCCAUGCAGCCGAUGACCGCAAGGUGGAUACCGCCAGCGGAACGCAGUAAAUUCGUCUCGAAUAUGAUGGCUUCGUCGCUCGGAGCGGCGAUAACUAUGCCGAUUUGUGGAUUUCUAAUCGCUUACCUCGGUUGGGAAUCCGUGUUCUACGUAACCGGAGCGAUAGGCCUCGUAUGGAGCGUAGCUUGGUUUUUCUUAAUAUUCGAUUCUCCUAGACAACAUCCGAGAAUCACGAUCGAGGAACGCCAAUAUAUCGAAGACUCGAUCGGUUCUACUUCCACGACAAAGGUACGAUCGAAGAGUACAUAUGCGUCUAAUUCGAUACGUUAUCUCUCUGUUUUUGGUUUGCAGCGGUUGCCCGUUCCGUGGAAAUCCAUCUUUCUCUCGACUCCCGUUUGGGCUAUCGUGCUGACUCACUCGUGUAACGUGUUCGGUUACUUUACCGUUGUCAAUCAACUACCAACUUACAUGAAGUACAUCUUAAAUUUCAACAUCAAAGAGAACGGAUUAUUAUCCUCCCUGCCGUACCUUGGCAAAUACAUCUUUGCCGUUACAACAUCGUCUGUGGCUGACUAUUUGUUCAAGACAAAGAAAUUGUCGGUAACGGCUAUUCGAAAGAUCUUCACUAGCUUCGCCGUGUUAAGUCCAGGAUUAUUGAUGAUCGUGCAAGCAAAUUACGGAUACGAUCGCAUUACGUCCGUAUCGAUUUUCACUAUUGCUCUGACGAUCAACGGUGCAGUGACAGCUGGAUAUCUGGGGAACAGUUUAGACAUUGCACCCAACUUUUCAGGCACUAUUUUCGGCAUGAUGAACACGCUCGGUUCCCUAGGCGGAUUUCUAAGCAGUUACAUGGUCGGCUCGUUAACCUACAAAAAUCAAACCUAUUCAGGAUGGAGUAUCGUUUUUUGGAUAUUAGGGUGGAUUUAUUGUCUUGGCGCACUCACGUUUACCAUUUUUGGUAGCGGUCAGUUACAACCGUGGAACAAUCCCGAGAAGAAACAAGUACGAAAACAAAGCAACGUAAUCACCAUCGAUCAUCCGCAGGAAUUCGUUUCGCUAGACGAAAAGACUGUUCCUUGACGAAAUAAUUGAAAAAUAAAACUACAAUUUCAACUCAAAUGUAUGAUAACGUAAGAUUUACUAUGCUUUCAUAAACAAAACGUAUUACCA